UAUAAACGAGGAGCGUCUACACUGACCGAUCAAAAAUGAAAAUCAAAUAAAAGAACAAGCAGGCAGCCAACUGUUGGAUAUUUUUUUGAUUCAAAAUCAGCCGUUAGAUCAAUCCUCCUAUAUAUACCUAUAAGAAAUUCCCUCUCUCCUCUUUAAUCUUCUCUAGUUCCCUUUGGCUGCCUGCUCUCUAGCGUGAUUUGGAAGCCAUCGCUCAGAAUAAAAGAAAUUAGAUGGAUCCAGACGCAGUAGCCAAGGCGUUCGUCGACCACUACUACUCGACAUUCGAUUCGAACCGGGCUGGUCUAGCCAAUCUCUACCAGGAUGGUUCCAUGUUGACCUUCGAAGGUCAAAAGAUCCUAGGCUCUCAGAACAUCGUGGCUAAGCUCGUUGGCCUUCCUUUCCAGCAGUGCCAGCACAAUAUCACCACCGUCGAUUGCCAGCCUUCCGGCGCUGGUGGUGUGCUCGUCUUCGUCAGUGGUACCCUCCAACUCGCCGGCGAACAGCAUGCUCUCAAGUUCAGCCAGAUGUUUCAUUUGAUGCCAACAGCACAGGGAAGCUUCUAUGUGUUGAAUGACAUAUUCAGGUUGAACUACACGUGAAGACACAAUCACUGUGAUUAAUCAAGGGAUGGGAAUACAAUGUCAAGGAUUUAAAAAAAAAAAAGUUUAUCUCUGUGUUCAGUUUUAGGCAUUUUAAAUGAAAAAUGGAAAAUUGUUUUUGGGUUGAUUAUGUUUCAUGUUUCGUUAUGAUUUCCUAUGCCUCCAUAUUUCAGAGUCUUCUUUGUUGUGAUUGGUUGAGUUGGUGAAGAUGCUAUCUUAUGAAUCGAUUAAAGACUUGUUUUAGUUAAA